CGCGCUCGUGCCCGGCCGCGAGUACGUGCACGUACAGCUGUACGAACGUGAUGUCAGAACGCUUUUGAGCUAAAAAAAAAAAUGUUAGCCUGUGUUGUUAAGUCUGAAAGCUACAGGGGAUUUGCCAGACGGAAAUAAUACCGUUCUAUCGCCUAGAAACACAUGCACAUCCCACAUAUUAGCAUAGCGCGUUUUUAUACGUUUUUCUCUCCGCUUGAAGCGAGCGUCUUGGGUUUAUCCUGGAGAAAGUUCGUUGGUUAUUUUGUGGGAGUGAUGUCGAAUCCUGGGACUCGAAGGAACGGGUCAAGCAUUAAAAUCCGACUGACAGUAUUAUGUGCCAAGAAUCUGGCAAAGAAAGACUUCUUCCGUUUGCCUGAUCCUUUCGCCAAAGUGGUGGUGGAUGGCUCAGGUCAGUGUCACUCUACAGACACGGUCAAAAGCACAUUGGACCCCAAGUGGAAUCAGCAUUACGACCUGUAUAUUGGGAAGACCGAUUCCAUCACCAUUAGCGUAUGGAACCAUAAGAAGAUCCAUAAGAAGCAGGGUGCGGGUUUCUUAGGCUGUGUGCGACUCCUGUCCAAUGCCAUCAGCAGACUAAAAGACACAGGCUACCAGCGUUUAGACUUAUGCAAGUUGAACCCAUCUGACAGUGAUGCUGUCCGUGGACAAAUUGUUGUGAGUCUGCAGACCAGAGACAGAAUCGGCAGUGGAGGGCCUGUGGUCGACUGUAGAGGACUGGUGGAGAAUGAAGGGCCAGUCUUUGAAGACUCGGGGCCCGGACGGCCUCUCAGCUGCUUCAUGGAGGAGCCCAUGCCAUACACAGAUCCAACAGGAGCCGCUGGCGGGGGCAACUGCCAUGCACUUGAGUCACCAAAUCAGGAGCAACGGCUCCAAGCACAACGCAUCAGAAACCAAGAUUCCCGAGGACACGCACACACACCCCAAAAUAGACCACACGGACACCAGUCCCCCGACCUCCCUGAGGGCUACGAGCAAAGGACCACCGUGCAGGGCCAAGUCUAUUUUCUGCACACACAGACUGGCGUGAGCACCUGGCAUGAUCCCAGAAUACCCCGGUGUACCAACAUCUCUUUAAGGGAUUUGAACAGCGUGAGUUGUGAGGAGCUGGGCCCUCUGCCACCAGGCUGGGAGAUCAGGAGCACUGUGUCAGGACGAAUUUAUUUUGUCGACCAUAAUAAUAGAACCACGCAAUUCACUGACCCCAGGUUACACCACAUCAUGAGCCAGCAGUCUCAGGGGAAGGAGUCGAGCCAGCCUCUGCCUGUACAGAUGGAGGUUGGUAUGGAGGAGGGUGACGGGGAGCUACCAGUGCGCUACGAGAGAGAUCUGGUCCAGAAACUUAAAGUUCUCCGCCAUGAGCUCUCCCUGCAGCAGCCUCAAGCUGGCCACUGCCGCAUAGAAGUGUCCCGUGAGGAGAUCUUUGAGGAGUCUUAUAGACAGAUCAUGAAGAUGAGACCCAAAGACCUGAAGAAGCGGCUGAUGGUGAAGUUCAGAGGAGAGGAGGGGCUAGAUUACGGUGGAGUUGCUAGGGAAUGGUUAUAUCUCCUCUGCCAUGAGAUGCUGAAUCCAUACUACGGUCUGUUUCAGUACUCCACUGAUAACAUCUACACACUACAGAUCAACCCAGACUCGUCCAUCAACCCUGACCACUUGUCUUACUUCCACUUUGUUGGGCGGAUUAUGGGUCUGGCUGUUUUCCACGGGCACUACAUCAAUGGAGGCUUCACUUUGCCCUUCUACAAGCAGCUCCUGGGAAAGCCCAUCCAGCUUUGUGACCUUGAGACUGUGGACCCAGAGCUGCACAAGAGCCUCGUCUGGAUACUAGAGAAUGACAUCACAUCUGUUUUGGACCACACCUUUUGCGUAGAACAUAAUGCUUUUGGCAAAUUCCUCCAACAUGAGCUGAAACCAAACGGCAAGAACAUCCCAGUCACAGAGGAGAAUAAGAAAGAAUAUGUGAGGCUGUAUGUCAACUGGAGAUUCAUGCGAGGCAUUGAGGCGCAGUUCCUCGCUCUGCAGAAGGGCUUCAACGAACUCGUACCACAGCAUCUGCUCAAGCCUUUUGACAACAAGGAACUUGAGCUGAUCAUUGGUGGUUUGGGCAAGAUCGAUCUGAGCGACUGGAAGGCCAACACACGGCUGAAGCACUGUGUGGCUGACAGUAACAUAGUGAAGUGGUUCUGGCAGGCGGUUGAAUCGUUUGACGAGGAGAGGAGAGGCAGACUGCUACAGUUCGUCACAGGCUCCACACGCGUCCCUCUACAAGGAUUCAAAGCACUGCAAGGUUCUACAGGUUCUGCAGGACCAAGACUCUUCACUAUUCAUUUAAUUGAUGCCAACACAGACAACCUGCCCAAAGCCCACACAUGCUUCAACCGGAUCGACAUCCCGCCUUACGAGUCAUACGAGAAGCUCUACGAGAAGCUCCUGACCGCCGUGGAGGAGACGUGUGGCUUUGCAGUGGAGUGAGCAAGUGCCCUGUCCAGCCAGCCAGCAAUGGCAGCAAACCCACCAAACAGCCCCAGCCAUCCCUUUCACCCCCCUCCCCUUCUCCAGGACAGACGGACUGGUGUCUCCUGACAGACUUAAGCAUCAACCGCCAGCCUGAAACUGCAGCGGAGGGGAGCGACCACCCAAGGGCAAAACUCUCAAAGACUAAUGAUUCCUCACAACGUGAUUCGGGAAUUGUUUCACAUUACCACAAUAAGUUACAGAGAAAUCUGGUCAACGUUUGUUUUGUUUCUCAAAAGUCCAGUUCAUAUCGUCUUUGUCACUGAAGCGGCGGGUUGAUAGCGUCUGACUGUAACGCGAGUAUGUUUGUGCUGAGCCUGCGGUCUACAUGAAGUAGAGCUCACGUUUUAUUCUAGGUGGAGUAUUUUAACAUACACAGAGCCUGUGACCAUUAAACCAGUUUACCUACAGCAAAUGCAUCUUGGGACAUGGUUGGUCUGCGUUGUAAUGUUUGCUAUCGUCUCCUCUUAUUUCCUUUUUUACUUUAUUUCCUUGCGUCCUGUUCAGUGCUGUAGAAUGUCAUUUCAGUGGUAUUCGAUCAGCAUUCUCGUUGUAGAAAUUAACGUGAUAAUUUUGUCUUUUUUUUUGUCUGAGAUCAAGAACAUGCGUACCGGCGAGUCUUAGUCCUGUUGUGGAAACAGUGAAUGUCACAGCGCCCAUGUGUUAAUGUUCUUCAGCUGAAGCACAACGAUCAUGUGCAGUCUAGAGAAGGACCCAAAGCCC